AUGGACCCGUCGCAAAUUCGACACGAUCUUUUGUUCCAGCGCGUGAAAUGGGAGCAUUCAAAUGCAAGUACCGUUAUCAGCCGGAAUCCGCUUCCGAGUGAGUUGCAGGAGCGCCUGCAAAAACUUUCGGAACUUCACGACAAUUUCGACCGCGUUCAAAGUGAAAUUGAAGAAACAACACCAGGAGUAUGCGAAACGGCAUCAAUAUUUAAUCAUCGAUUAGAGUUUGACAGACUAUAUUAUGCAACAAAAGAAGAAUAUACGCGCCUGCUCGACCAACACUUGUCGCAGGAUGGAAACGAAUCGAUUCACUCGGAAUCAAGGAACGACGACAUCAAGGAGGCAGUACGUUUGCUGCUAGAGUCUCAACGGCUCAUGAUGUCAACACAAUCUGCUGCUGCGUCAUCAGUUUCCCAAUUAGCUUGCCAAAUAAAUCCCGUAAAUCAUUCUCGUGUUGUUGCGGAAACCGCUCCAGUUGAGCCUCAAAUUCCGUUAGAUAUUCGUUUACCGACACUGUCGUUACCAGUGUUCUAUGGCGAUCGAAAACAAUGGAACUCAUUUAAAGAUUUGUAUUAUUUGCUUUCCCAUUUGGAUGGAGAUGCCAAAAAAUUGGUCAGUGCCUUUGCAAUUACGAAUGCAAAUUACAUACAUGUGUGGCAAAAACUGAACGAGUUCUAUGAUAAGAAAAAAUAUACCGUCGCGGCACUAGUAAAAGAGUUUAUCGAGCAGUCGCCGGUAACCGUUCCGUCUCUCGUCGCGCUUCGGAAACUCGUUACAACGUCGGAUGAAGUGAUACGACAAUUGAAGGCUCUUGGUGAAGAGCAUGAAAGUCGCGAUCCGUGGUUGAUACAUUUACUGCUGGACAAGCUUGACCGUGAAACGCGUGUACAAUGGGCUCAGAAGCUUGUUGAUAUCGAAAAUCCAAAAUUUACCGAUUUUCUUACCUUCCUCGAGCGACGAUGUGAUGCAUUGAAAACUUGCGCAUCCUUUAUCAAAAAAGGAAGUGACACAGUAAAGAAAGAAGGUGAUCGUAGAAGCGAUACAAAAUCCGCUUUAUCGGGCAAGCCGAUUCAAAGCUUUCACACAUCCACACAACUCUCUUGUCCGAAUUGCUCUCAAGCUCACACCAUAUACCAGUGUGCCAGCUUCAAGGAAAUGGCGGCGAGUGGUCGUCGAGAAAUUGUGCAGAAAGCAAAAUUAUGCUUUAAUUGCCUCAGAGCAACACAUGUUUCAAGGAACUGCACUUCAACAACAAACUGUAAAAUGUGUCAUCAAAAGCACCAUACGCUCCUGUGCCAAACUGAAACUACAUCCCCAGUGGUAGCUAUUCAAUAUGCGGAUGCUUCAGAAGACAGUAACGGAGAGGCUGCAGUUGUGCACUCUCAAGAGGAAGCCAAGGUCGAAUCAUACGUUACUAAAAGUGAAACCAGUUGCUCUAAAAAAUUUGUGAGUUUGCUACCGACAGCUAUUGUUAAAGUUUUAGGAAAAAACAACGUUUUUCAUGAGGUACGAGCAUUGGUAGAUUCUGCAUGUAUGAGCUCUUUGAUUACGAAGCAAGCCUUCCAACGUCUUGGUUUGAACAGACGCAACGCCAGUAUUCUUGUUAGCGGAAUUAAUUCGGAAAAGCCGUGUCGUACUGAGGGAGCUGUAGUACUACAAAUUUCGUCACGAUUCAACGAGCUGAUUGUUAUCGUGGUAGAAGCGCUGAUUCUUAAUCAGCUCAUUCCGGACCAGCCGUGUCAGGAAUUCGACAUUGAAUGUAACAGCCUAUGUGAAGAAUCUCUUGCAGAUCCUACUUUCAAUCAAACUGGUCAAAUUGAUCUUUUAUUGGGCGUGGAAGUAUUCUUCUCCAUUUUAGAACCUGGCAAACUGAUGGAUUCUCGUGGGUAUCCUAUCGCACAAAACUCAAUAUUUGGUUAUCUGAUUGGUGGUCGCUUCGGUGCAGUAUCAAACAUUGCAGCCAAACAAAGGCUAGUAAGUAUCGUCACCGAAAUUAAUCUGGAUCGAACUCUCCGACAAUUUUGGGAACUAGAAGAUCUUCCGAAAACAAAGCCGCUGUCUGAAAACGAGUGUAAGGCUGUGGAACAUUUCCGGAAAACAUGUACUCGGAACGAAUCCGGGCGAUAUGUGGUUAGGCUACCAUUUGAUGCAGUUAAACCGGCACUAGGUGACUCGGCAAACUCAGCUAUUCGUCGCUUCAAGGCUAUGGAGCGUAAAUUCAGUAUUGAUGAAGAACUUCGCAAACAAUAUACAAAUUUCAUGACUGAAUACUUACAACUUGGCCACAUGGAAAGGACUCCGCCAUCUGAGUUGGUAGUAGACGUCGAUAAAUGCUUCUACCUUCCGCAUCAUGCGGUACUGAAAGACGAUAGUACAACAACAAGGUUACGCGUUGUCUUUGACGCUUCAAACAAGACAAGCACUGGAAUCUCUCUCAACGACCGGUUGCUGAUUGGCCCAAACGUAAACGAACCUCUGUUCAAUGUAUUCUCGCGUUGGCGAACCUAUCGAAUUGCAUUCACAGCUGACGUCGAGAAAAUGUACCGACAGGAACUCCUCAAUCGGGAAGAUAUUGAUUUUCAACGCAUUGUAUGGCGCGAACAUCCGAAUAAGCCUUUGGAGUACUACCGUUUACUAACCGUUACAUAUGGAACAGCGAGUGCUGCAUAUCUAGCAGUGGCAGCACUACGAAAGGUUGCCGAAGACAACAAGUUACGCCAUCCGCUUGCAUCUGACAGGAUAGCGAAAAAUUUUUAUGUGGAUGACUUACUUUCCGGAGCCGAUACCCUUGCGGAAGCCAAAUUUCUUCAAAAUGAAAUUACCGAGGUCUUAGCGUCUGGUGGAUUUAUCCUACGAAAGUGGUUCUCGAACGAACCGAAGCUUCUAAAUAAUGAAUUGAGUUGUCAUGUACCAAUUGCUCUCAAAUUGCCUAAUGAAGGGGAUGCAGUAAAAGCUCUCGGGAUACAAUGGAUCCCCCAAGAAGACACGUUCUGUUUCAAGGUAAAUUUGGACAUUGAUAGUAUCAAUACAAAGCGACAAUUGUUAUCAGAUUCGUCCAAACUUUCUGAUCCAUUUGGUUGGAUCGCGCCAGUAGUCAUUCGCACGAAAAUAUUAUUCCAACAUUUAUGGCUUUACGAUCUUGACUGGGAUGAUCCUCUACCAGCGAGUAUCUGUAAUGAAUGGAUUGAACUAAAGGAAACUCUUCACUAUAUUGAAAUGAUUCGCAUUGACCGCUGGAUUCCUUCAACCGCUGGCAAGCUGCAACUUCACGGUUUCUCAGAUGCUUCUGAAGUAGCCUACGGUGCUGUAGUAUAUGCUCUACAGUAG